AUGGAAGAAGCUGUAGAAAAAUUAAUAAAAGAACUUCAAAUCUUAGAUGUUAUAGAUGUUAAAGUUGUUAAAGAUAUACAAAAUUCUUUUAAAGUCUUCAAUGAGAUACAACCUGCGACCUUUGAAAGUUAUCAGGAAAUCGUUAAUUAUGAGAUUAAUUUCCGUAAUGUAGCAAAUAAUUUAAUCAAUGAAGGACUAAUAAGGUUUCAGGAGUCUAGGAAUUCAAAAAUUAAAGAUGAUAACCGGCAAUACUUUUCUUCCUUGAAUUCUUUAAAAUUAUUAGCUAGUAAAAUGGCUUAUUCAAAAAGAAUAGAUUUUAUACGAGAUGUGUUGAAUUCAUCUCAUAAAAAAGAAAUGUUAUUUGGUAAUAUCAUGUUUACAGAGGAAGAAAUUAAUAAACGUUACAGAAAACUCGCUUUAUAUUUCCAUCCCGAUAAGACGGGUCAACCUAAUACUCCGUAUUCCCUUCAAGGCGAGCAUAAGAAGUUAGGUGAUAGACUAUUUAGAUUUGGUCUAAAUUUUAAAGAGAGCUUUUUGGACGAAUUGAAAAAUACCUUAAAAAAUGAAGGUUGGGCUCUGCAUGAAAAAUUUGCAAACCAUCUUUGGAAAAUUACGAUUGAUUACCGUAAUGCAGCUAAAGGACAAUUGAAUAACCUAAAACUGUUAAAUAAAGAUGAUAUCAAAGAAUUAACUUCUGAAGGACUAAAGCGUCAUAGCGUGAAUUAUGGAUUAUUAGCCUAUAAGGAAUACCGAGCAGCUUGUAAAAUUGUUGAUAAAGCUAAACAACUAAAAGACCAAGUAAGAUUACGGGGAAAUAUGGCAUUAUGCUUAUAUGUAUGCAACAGAAUUUUAGAAGCUCAGUUAUUUGCUUUGUCGGCAAUUAAGUUACAAUUAAAGAAUUGUAAUGUGGUCACGCAUGAACUGAACGAGGCAAAAAAAAUAUUUGAUAAAGUAAGAAGUAGGAAUGCAACGGAAGAACCAUCUACGGAGAUUAAACUGAAUUAUAACUUUGAUAACACGCAAGCUCUAGUGAAAUUAGAUCGACAGAUUUCCUUUUUUGAAAAAAAUUCUCAACAACGGUUAAUUGACGACGAUAUAAAUAAAAUAAUGACAGAUUUAAUGCUCAAUGCAAACCGCAGUUUGGUUCGCUAUGAAAUACCUGAAGAAGAAAUCUUACAAGUCCAAAAUCAUGCUGUUCAGUAUAAAAUAGCUGGUUUAGCAAAAAUUGCUUUCGGAAUUCAUGUAUUUGUGAGCCCAUUUGCGGCCCUAGUUAUGGGCCCAAUUGGAUUAUUGACCAUUGGUUUGGGAAUAUGGGCCGGUAGCAAUUUAUGGAAUAAAGGCGUCGAACAGAUAAAAGUUCCAGAAAUUCUUGAAAAGCUUAAUGAUAUAAUGAGGAACGCAAUGAAAGCUUAUGAUGAUGACGAUCAUCAGAAGUUUAUCGACAUUCUUUCUAAGGAAUAUGACAAAGAUACCAGACUUUUAAACUUAAAGGAUCGUUCAGAUGCGAUUAAUCCUAAAGAAAUAGUUAAAGCACUUUUAAGCCAAGGAUUUAGACCGGAUGGUGUUUCCUAUUUAUUAAUUUUGCUAGGAGAGGUCUUGAAUGUUGGGAAAAUAGAAAUUAAAGGAAAAACAACAAAUGAACUAAAAAUGUUAGCGAAGACAGUUUAUGCUGGUGUGGAGGAUCCAAAACUUUAUGAGGAGGCUACAAAGCUAGAUAACCGCAUUCAAGCAUUACGAGAAAUUAACCUUGCAAUUUUUGAUAUAAUAGAUGGUGGUAAGGAAGAAUUUGAACGAGCUAUCGAAACUAUUAAGACAAUUCGAGAUAAGUGUCGUCAUAUUUCUGAAUUGCGCUUAGAAAUUUUGGAAGAUUUCUUGUGGGUCAUUUGUAGCGAAGAAAUACCUCAGGAAUCGUUGGAAUCACCUAAAAUCACUUUAACCGCAGAACCAAUUUGA